UUUAAUAAACUGCACCUGCGGAAAAGAUCACGUCAAAAACGCUGCACUGCAGAGGAUAUUAAACGCAAAUGUGUCCAGAGUUUAGCAACCUGUUGGAGGGAAAUUUAUAAUAACAUAGUCUAAUGGCGAACAUAGAAGUACUCAAAGAAAGAUUUAACUCAUUUCAUCAAAUGUACAGCCAGGAAUCACGAAUUCAAAGCUUUGUGGAUUGGCCUUUUCGAGAGGAAUGCAUGUGCACGCCGGAGAAGAUGGCCACGGCGGGGUUGGUGCACUGUCCCAGUGACAAUGAGCCAGAUAUUGCCUGUUGCUUCUACUGUCUCCUAGAAUUGGAAGGCUGGGAACCAGAUGACAACCCCCGCAUAGAGCACAUCAACCGGUCUCCCAACUGUAGAUUCCUCACCACAGGCAAGGACUUCUCUGAGUUAACCGUGGCUGAGUUACAUCAUAUGGAGCAGGACAGGCUGAAGAUCUACCUUAAAAAGGUUUGCCAUAUGAAGCUGGCCUAUUUGCGUGAGGAAAUUGACAGGACGCUUGACAACCUCAAAUCUAUGAAUUACCACCGUCCAAAAUAAACUCUGGCGCUUUUAAUUCACUUUGACCACAAGAUGGCGCUUUCUCCAUGACCUGUCUUUCUUGCCUAGUCGCAGGAGCAAAGUGAACUGAAGUUGUCCUUUUAAGAUUCAAACCAUAAGCACUCAUGAAUGAAAUUGUAUACUGAGCAGAAUUUCAAUCUGGGUAAUGUUACUGCCUUUUUUGCCUUUUCCUCAAUAAAACACUUUUUCUCAACA